UACCAUGUUGCCCAGGCUGGUCUCAAACUCCUGAGACAUUGAGUAAUGCUGUUUUCUUUACAAAUUGUUUGCUACUAUUUAGAAUCAACUAUGAAGAUAGUCUUUGUGUAAAUAAUGUGAGGAAAAAUUUAAAUCAUUUCACAAAAAAUGCCCUUAUUCACCGUUCCUGUUUUACCUACUUUUUUUUGGUAACAAUUUUGUAGAAAUUCAGAGGAGCUCUUAAUCACCUACGAUGAAGGCAUUCAUGAUGAAUCCAUGGGGAAUUUACUUUUGAGGUGGACUUUGAAAGAUGAACAGAAUUUUGACAGAUAAAGAUGAAGGAAUAGAAGAAAAACGUUGAAUAAAGAAUGUACCAAGAAGGAGACAACAUCUUUCCUAUAAAAUAUGACUCAUAUUGGAAAGUGGUUAACCUUAGCACUGAGGAGAUUGGCUCAUUGUCACAUAGCCUAUCUCUCAGAUGGAAGUCUAAUGUCUUGACAAUUGGUCAAGAGAAAGAUGAACUUGCUGAAGAUUUUAGUGCAAUCUAGUGAAAAAUCUGUACUAAUAAAGGCAAAAAUUAUCACACAUGAAAGGAGAGAUGGGAUGUAUACAAACUUUGAGUAUGGUAGGCAAGGAAGAAGAAGUCAUAAAAAUACAUAUGAGUAAGUGUGGAGAAUGGCCAUGCUAUAAAAAUUGUGAGUUUUUAAUUAUUUGAGUUUUGGGUGACUAUUGAUUAGAUAUUCUUUUAAUUUUGGUCAGCUCAUUUUCUAGGCAAUGUUAGGGUAUACAGGUAAAAAUGUCAGGUAGAAAUGAAAAUGAGGGUUGUAGAUAUGGAGUUAAGAAUACUUCAAGUAACAGGCUAGUUUGAAGCCCUGGAAAUAGAAACAUUAAAUUAAAAGAUUGGGGAAAAAGAUUGAAGGCAUAUAUCUGGAAAAUAUCCACAUUUUGGAGCAGAAGAAAGCCAAAGAACUAACAAACAAGCCAAUGGUGGAAAUACUACUAGAGUUUGGCAUGUCAGAGAAAUCAUAAAGGAAAAUGUUUUAAGAGAGAGGCUUAAUUUAACAACCUAUAGAGAUAUCGAGAAAUAGCGAAAGAAUAUGCACACAUUUUUAUUACAUUAGUAAAUAAAACUGUAUAGGUAAUUUGACAUUUAUUGAAUAAAGAAAAGCAGAAAUUUAACAAUCCACAAGAAGAUAAAAUAUAGAAAAGUUAGAAUUAUAUGCUCACCUCAGAGUAUAUAUACAUCAGUGUUUCUGGUGACCAAGUUAAUAUUAACGCAUUUCUUACACACGAAACUAUGGAGAAUAGUUUACAUUUCUGAUAUCGAUGACAUACAGGUCAUACUUAAAUGUAUUAUUAAUUGAUACAAUAUUUAAAACAUUGGGAAGAAACUCCUUUUCUUAUGAAGAAAGAAAUCCAAGUUGAAACUAAUGUAAGGAGCCGGACGGUAUGAAUGCCUCUGCAGUAGAUAAAGUUAAGGAUUUACUAUUAAAGCAUGAUAAAGAAAUAUAAAGUGCAUAAAAGAACCCAAAUAUUGCUGAAGUAAUUCAUGUAAUCCUUACCUUUUGAAGCCACAUGAUGUCGCUGUCUACCAAGAAGUUCCGUUUAGCCAAGGUUCAAAGUCGUUCCUCUGAGAGCAUCUGUCUAACGGCCGAACAAUGGCAGAUGCAGCGGAAUUGGAUUAAAAGACUCUGGAAAGUAUAAUCGUUCAUCUUUAUAUUAAGAUAAGAUUUUCUGAUAGGAAACGGCUAUUUAACAUGGUUUAUCACUGGCGAGGAGACCUGAGAUCCUGGCGACUACUACUCUCGCUUCUGCUCCUCACAGCCUGGAAGGUGGGGAGCGGCCAGCUCCACUACUCCGUCUACGAGGAAGCCAAACACGGCACCUUCGUGGGCCGCAUCGCGCAGGACCUGGGGCUGGAGCUGGCGGAGCUGGUGCCGCGCCUGUUCCGGGUGGCGUCCAAAGCACACGGGGAUCUACUGGAGGUAAAUCUGCAGAAUGGCAUUUUGUUUGUGAAUUCUCGGAUCGACCGCGAGGAGCUGUGCGGGCGGAGCGCGGAGUGCAGCAUCCACCUGGAGGUGAUCGUGGACAGGCCGCUGCAGGUUUUCCAUGUGGACGUGGAGGUGAGGGACAUUAACGACAAUCCGCCAGUGUUCCCGGUAAAGGAACAAAAGCUGUUUAUUUCAGAAUCCAGAAUGCCAGAAUCUCGGUUUCCGCUAGAGGGCGCGUCCGAUGCAGAUAUUGGAGCUAACUCCGUGUUGACAUACAGACUUAGCUCUCAUGAUUACUUCGUACUAGAUGUGAAUACAAAGAAUGACGCGAAUAAACUGGUUGAGCUCGUAUUAAGAAAAUCCUUGGACAGAGAGGAAGCUCCUGCACACAACUUGUUUCUGACAGCCACAGAUGGGGGUAAACCUGAGCUCACAGGCACCGUUCAGCUGCUGGUCACAGUGCUGGACGUGAAUGAUAAUGCUCCCACUUUCGAGCAGUCUGAAUAUGAAGUGAGAAUAUUCGAAAACUCAGACAACGGAACGACAGUUAUCAGACUGAAUGCUUCUGAUCGGGAUGAAGGAGAGAAUGGGGCAAUUUCAUACUCUUUUAAUAGCCUUGUUCCAACUAUGGUUGUUGACCAGUUUAGCAUAGCUCCAAAUACGGGAGAAAUAGUGAUUCGGGGUAAUUUGGAUUUUGAACAAGUAAAUUUAUACAAAAUUCGCAUUGACGCUACAGACAAAGGCCACCCUCCCAUGGCGGGUCAUUGCACCGUUUUAGUGAGAGUUUUGGAUAAAAAUGAUAACAUCCCUGAGAUAGCACUGACUUCCUUAUCCUUGCCGGUACGUGAA